AUGCCAAACGAAACAGCCGCAUCAACUUCAACCAGCUGUUCAGCUUGGCAACAAUCCUCAUCAACAACUUCCAAUGAUACUUCUAAAGAUACAUCACCUAAUACUGCUCUUUUACCACCUAAAGACUGGCCAAGUCUUGCUGAGGCAACUGUUGAAUCAUCAGUAACAACCAAUGAACAAACAGUAUCUCAUGAUAAUGAAACAAGAAUAUCUCAACCAAAUACACCUCGAACACCAAAAACAAAAAUAAAAGAAAAAUUGAUAAUAUCACCAUCAGAUCAGAAAGAGCAAGAAAAUGGUGAAGGUGAAAUAUCAAUAACAACUAAUAAACAAAACGUAUCUAAUGAUAAUGAUAAUGAAAAUUCUCUACCAAAUACACCUCGUACAAGAAAAAAGAAAGGAAAACAAAAAUGGGUACCAUUAUCAUUAGAUCAAAAUGAACAAGAAAAUAUUCAAGGUGAAACAUCAACGACUAUAAAUGCUCAAAACGGUGCUAAUCAACCGACAUCAACAAAAACAGCAACAUCAUCAAAAGGAAAUCGUGCUAAUCGAAAUUCACAGAGUGCACAUGGAACUAAUCGAAAUCGAAAUCGUGCACGUAGUCUUGAUGGUGCUGCACCAAAAAAAAGUCGAAAAAAUCGUGCUACAGCUACAGCAGCAACAGCAGCUGCAUAUAAACAAGCCUAUGAUGCAUAUCAAGAUUAUUAUGCAUAUUAUUAUUAUGAUCAAACAGGUAUAGGCGGUCAUGGAGCUCCAUGGUAUUAUGAUAAACAAAGUAAACGAAAAAAGAAAGUUGAGGGAACACUUGGUGUCGAUCCGAAUGCAGAAACCGAAGAUAUAAUCACCGGUUCAGAUAUAAAAGGCGCUAAUGAUUCUCAUGAAACAGCUAUUAAACAUGAUGUGCAUAAUUUUAUAUUUGAUGAUGAAACGGUAGUAAUUGAUGAUUGUUCUUUUGUAUUGCCAUAUAUAGAAGGUGCUUAUUAUUUUCAAUCAACAACACCACCACCAGCAACUGAUAUACCUUUAACUAAUAUUGAUAUUAAUACAGAUGAAUAUACAAUUCCACUAGUACCGGCUUAUACCGAACAACAAUUAAGAGAACUUCUUCGACGUCAAGUUGAAUAUUAUUUUAGUACAGAAAAUCUUGAAGCAGAUAUAUUUCUUCGACAACAAAUGUCUAAAGAUGGUUAUGUACCAUUAUCACUUAUUGCAAGUUUUAAUCGUGUUCAAACAUUAUGUGAUGAUAUUAAUUUUAUAGCUGAUGCUGUUAAAGAUAGUCUUGUUGUUGAACUUAAUGAUAAAUGUAUGGUACGUUGUCGAACUGAACCAACACGAUGGCCACUUAUUAUGGAUGUUAGUAAUCAUUUAACAGCACUUAAUCCUGAUGUACCUGAUUUUCAACCUGGUAAAAUUUGGAAACAUGAGAAUGAGAAUAACACAAUUCUUAAUGGACUUGAUGAUGAAUCACAAUUGCUAGAGAAAGGACGAACGAAAACUAAUGAAGUUGAUUGGAGUCAUGUACCCACUAAACGAAAGAAACCAACGAAAAAAAAGGAGAAAAAAGAACAACAACAAACACAACAACAAUCAUCUCAGACAAUUCAACAGCAACAACAACAACAAAAAUCACCAUCGGAUAAUCGUGAAGAAUUAGAUUUUCAAUUCGAUGAAGAAUUAUCUACUACACAAACAAAUUCAAAAAUAAAUAAUAAUAAUAAUAAUACAUCAUCAUCUGAUGUUCCACCUUUAUUAUUUCCACAUAAUCGUCAAAAUCGACGUCGUACAACAUCAUUAACACUUGAUUUACAUGAAGAACCAGAACGUGAUGAAUUAGAUUUUGAAUUAGAUGAUGAUGAUAUUGAUAAAAUUCUUAUUAUAACACCAACACCACCAUCAAAUCGUAAACAACAUCAAAAAAAUCAUGAUCGUACAGGUGAAUAUACACCACGAGCACGUAUGACAGCUGAAAUAGCCAAAAUUAUUGAUGAUGGUUUAAGAUGGUAUGAAGAAGAACUAUGGCAUGAUCGACCAACAACAGCAGCUAAUGAUAAAACAGUGAAAUUAAUAAGUCAAGAAGAAAUGGAUGCACUACGUAAAGGAUCAAAUCAAUCACAAUCGAUGAAUGUAAGAAAACUAAGUAUUGAAGAUGAUGAUGAUGAUGAUAAUCAAGAUUUAAAUCAAAAUUCUCAAUCACAAACUGAUAAAGAAAAUAUUGAAUCAAAGAUAACAUCAACAAUAAUAACAAAUGAUAAACAAUCGCGUAGUCCAGCUAUUGCUAUUAUUUGUUCAAAUAAUCGUGCACCACCACAAGUUGAACCAUUUUAUCGACCAAAACAUUUACCUGUUUCAAAUCAACAACAAAAUUCAUCACAAACAUUAACAAAUGAUUUUAUGUCACAUUCAUUACCUGUUAAUACUAAUGCUGAUAUUCCAUUAGUACCUAAACCAAUAACAACAAAUACAAAUGAUAAAAAACAACGUUCACAAGCAUCAAAAGAACAUCCAGAAGAACCACGUACACCACAUUCACGUGCUAAAAAUAUUGCUCGAUUUUAUCCAGUUACAAAAGAUGCUCCUGUUGUUAAACCAGAUACACCUGGUCUUAAACGUAAAACUCGUCAUAGUGAAAAUCCACCGGUGGAAAGUUCAGUUGGUUGGGUAUUUGAUUCACGUGGUCAUCCAACAACGACAACAACAACAACGAAACAAAGAAGCAGUACAACAUCUACUGCUACAACUCGACAACAAGAUCUCUAUGAUCAAUAUUCAUCAUCAUAUAAUGAGAAUCAUUAUUGGUAUGGUAAUGUAUAUGGUAGUAAUUCAAAUUUAUAUGAUUAUUACGGUUCAACACCUGUUGAAAUUCCACAAUUUCAACAUCCAUCUCAUUCACUGUUACAACAAAAUGGUUUUACUCAACAAGUUUAUUUAAAAUAUAAACAACAAUGUCUUGAUGAACGAACUAAAUACGGUCCUGGUCAAUCUAUGGAAAUGAAUACACUUUAUCGUUUUUGGUCAUUUUUUUUACGUGAAAAUUUUAAUCGUCGUAUGUAUAACGAAUUUAAACAAUAUGCUGUUGAUGAUGGAAAAACUGGUCAUCGAUAUGGUCUUGAAUGUUUAUUUCGAUUUUAUACAUAUGGUCUUGAAAAACAUUUUCGUCAAGAAUUAUUUGAAGAUUUUGAAAAUGAAACACUUCGUGAUCAUGAAGCUGGUCAAUUAUAUGGAUUAGAAAAAUUUUGGGCUUUUCUUAAAUAUUCUCGACGAAAACCAAAAAUUAAUCCAAAAUUAGAAGAAAUAUUAAAAAAAUAUAAACGUCUCGAAGAUUUUCGUGUUGAGGGUGCUUCAUUUCCACAACAAUUUUUUCCAACAAAAUCAGGAAUUAUUACUGUACCAGCACCAGAAGCAGUUGCAGCUGCAGCAGCUAAAGAAGCAGCCGCCACUGGAGGAACUAACAGUGAUACAACAACAACAACAAUGGCUAAUUCAGUAAAACUAAGUGGUGAACAUCUUCCAUCUCGUAGUCGUGUUCAACCACGACAACCGAAUAGACGGACAACUUCCGAACGAUGUUAA